CUACGCAGUGCGGAGGAGGACCCAGAUACAGUAUUGACGUUAUUAUCCAGACUGUAGUCAGGAGAUAUUUGUCAGCACAGCUGCAGGGAACCAUUACAGCAAAUAAUGGGAAGGAGUAUACGUGGUUCUUCUCACGCUGAAAGUCUGGCUGUCUCCACCGAACACCGACUUUUGCUUUUUAGCCUUGCUUUCAGCAGCAGGAGGGACUAGAUUUCGGGGCAGCUAGCAAAAGCAGUACAUGCUAGCUUUAGCUUAGCUUGCUAGCCCAACUGCUGUUUUAUUGUGGCGCACAACGAACCUCCCAGCUAGCAUCCGACGUAGAGAAAGAAAACAUGGUGUACCUGUUAAAUCCUAUAGAGAACCUGAGGAGCUACAUCAACACCCGUCCACCGCUGGUCAUCUUUAUGAUCAGCGUCAGUGCGGUGGCCAUCGGCUUCCUCACCAUCGGUUAUUUCUUCAAGAUUAAAGAGAUCAAGUCUCCAGAGUUGACGGAGGACUGGAACACCUUCCUGUUGCGCUUCAACGAGCUGGACUUCUGUGUGUCGGAGAACGAGACGAUAAAGCACGCGGCUGAAGCGAGUCAGCCACCCCCGAAGCCUUGUGGUGACCAGCGGCCGGCCGGUCAGUAGGCCGCAGGUGCGCCCAGCUGGCUGGAGGACUCGGGACCCGCAUCCACAUGCUCCCGUCCCCAUCACCCUGCACUCUGGACCCCCAGCGUCCGUCUUGGAGGGUUAGCUCCCCGAAACAUCACGCCCAUCUGUACCGCCCAGUAGCUGGGCCAGCAGGUCGGGCCUUCUCU